GAAAGUAGUGUAGUAAUGUAUGACUGUGCUGGUGACAAAUGGCUCGUCUCAUGUUUAGGAGUCCUUCAUCUAAGUAAAGGUUUAUUUUACCGAGUAGUACCAGCAGACCAGGGAUUCGGUAACUUCGGAGAAGCGUCUGGAUCGCCGACAGCAGAGUAUGCGGGUGUCUUCCGUUUCCGUUUAUGGUGGUGCGGAGCAUGGGUGGAGGUGCUGGUUGAUGAUCGUCUACCAGCCGUUCACGGUCGGCUUGCCUUCAUCCAGAGCCGUCAUAGCGACCAAUUCUGGCCGGCUUUGCUCGAAAAAGCAUACGCAAAAUUACAUGGAUCAUAUGAAGCGCUAAAGUACGGAACACUUUUGGACGGACUUUCUGAUCUCACUGGCGGAAUUACGGAAAGUAUUGCUAUACGUCAAGAUCCCACUGGAUGUGGCAGAGCACUUGCUAAGCUUCUUGAUAUGACUUCACUUAUUACUUGUACAGUUAAUAAUAACAACAAUAAUCAGCAACAGCAACAGCAGAUACGGACCAGCAAUGAAAAACUUGCUAAUGGAAUUCAAAUGGGGAUUAAUUACAGGCUUUAUGCAAUCGAGAGGGUAGAAACAUUUGGAGGUGAAGCAAUACAAUUAGUAAAAUUACGCAACCCACUGGGUCCUGGAGGUGAAUAUAUCGGCGCCUGGGCCCGCGGAAGUCUCGAAUGGGACGAAGUGCCGAUCAUCGAAAGAGAUCGUCUGGCAGUUCGGAAUAUGGCUGAAGGAGAAUUUUGGAUCUCGUACUCUGACUUCGUGAAGACAUUCACGCACUUGGAGGUUGUACAUUUGGACGCAGAAACUUCAAGAGACGAGCCCUCGUUGCACAGUAAACACACAUGGCAAAUGAAACUGUACCAAGGUAGCUGGAGACGCGGAGUUACUGCAGGUGGAUGUAGGAAUAAUCAAGAAACAUUUCACAUAAAUCCACAAUUACACUUAAUUUUAAGCGAAAUGGAAGAAGUUAUUGUGUCCUUGAAUCAACAUUCAAUUAUGGAACCAAAGGUAAUUGGUUUUACGGCGUAUACAUUGCCAAAGAGCAGCACGGAGUCAAUAAACAGACAAUUUUUCAAGAAAAAUAAGUCACUUGUCAAUUCGCAAUAUACAAAUAGUCGACAAGUCAGUCAUAGGUGUCUUCUUGAACAAGGUGGAUACUUGCUUAUACCAACUACUUUUGAACCUGGACAAGAAACUAAUUUUACAUUAAGAGUUUACAGUAAUAAACCUCUUAAACUCAAAUUACUAGAUACCGUUCCGACGCUAAUAAAAUCAGCUAUUGUCAAGGCUCCAGCUUUAGAAGGCAAAGGAUUUUCACAGUACGAAGCAGUAUUUCUUCAGUUAGCAGAUGAACAUAAGACUGUUAAUGCAUUUGAGCUUCAAGAGUUGCUCGAGGCAUGUCUUCCAAAUGAUUAUAUCAAAAGCUGUGCUUCUAUGGAAGUUUGUCGACAAGUAGUACUUACAAUGGAUAACUCUGGUAGCGGCAGACUUGAAUUUAAUGACUUCAAAGAUCUAAUGUGUAGUUUGAAAUACUGGCAAGCAGCUUUUAAAAAUCAUACAAAAGAAAGAACUGGUAUUCUCAAGGCUGAAAGACUACGUGACGCUCUUAUAGAAGUUGCUAUCUUUGAAGGAAAAGAUCCUUUACAAAACGGCAGUAUAAAACUAAAUUUAUCUGAAGUAAUGGCUGAGAUCAUCUUUGAUGUGUUGAAAUUAUUCAACAAAAAAAUCCCAGAGUACCAUGACUCAGACAAAAGGCAUGUUUUACAACUCAAUUACUCGGUCAUAAAUAAUUGGAGUUCUGGUUGA